AAGUUACGGCUUCCCUGAAGCCAUGUUUCGUGAGGCGCAUGUUGUGCACUCGAGUGGGACAAGCCUAAACAGGCCGGGCCCUUGCUCGACGGAAAAGAAAAAAAUGAAAAGCUUAAAUAUCAACCACUUCCUCCCCCUCGAGCUUCCCAUCCCAUUCUCAACCACUCGUGCAAGUUAGUCUCGCGGAGCCUCAAACUCGCAACUCCCCUUGAUACACACGUCUUUCACGAAUUUCGCUUGCCAAUCGACCAACCACAAUCAAUCGAUCAAAAUGAGAACCGUUAUCUUCAUCUCUUUCCUCGUUGCCCUCAUCGCAUUCAUGGCCACGCCCAUCGCCGCGUCUGCAAUCGAGCGCCGCUCCCCAUUUGAGGGACGCCCCAACCUCGUCGUUCGCUCGCCAAAGAAGGGCAAGUCCAGCUCGAGCAGCAGCAGCAGUGGGGAGGAGGAGCCUCAAGGUUAGUUCCAUUUUCGAAGAAAGACCCUUGAUCAUAACAAGCGCUAAUGAUGUGCCCCAGCAUCUGGAACUGCUGUGAGCUUUGGCUUGCCAAACCACGUCGCCCAACUCACUACCGUCGGCGCUGUUGGCGCAGUGGCAGUCGCAUUCUUGGUCUAAAACCGGGGAUAAACAAUUGCGGUGGAGAUUGAGUUGGCUUGGUUUUUUUUUCUUGGUUUUUUUUCUUUUUCUCGUCCGUCAUACCUCGUCUCAGCAGAUUUUCCCUGAGUGCUGUUUGAUGGGGGAUGGGGAUGGGGAUGGGGAUGUACUACUAUGCCAUGACUUUCUAAGUUCUUGCGAUGGAAAACAUAUUUAGUUGAUAAUAAUCUAUACCACGAGGAGCUCCUUUGCACACGCGCGACUCUAUGUUGAAA